UGUGGAUUUCCUCAGCGACCCUCAUGGAGGAUAACAUGUAUUUGUGCAACGCCAGUGCCAUAAAGGACUGGAGCUAUUUCCUGUCUAAGAUUUUGCCUCUGGUGAAUAAAACCACCGGCUUGGUGAACAUGGACAAACCGGAGGCGGUGACCGCCGCGGUGGUGACGUCUCUGCAGCCGGACGGGGCAGUAAGCAACCUGCCGCCAAACUCCGACCAGACCUCCGGGAUGGAGCACAUCUUCCAGUACUCCUACUCGGAGAACGACCUGCUGCUGACGGACUACCGGACGCCGGCCCGGGACUCCAUCCCGCUGCCCAAGGCGGUGCUCUACCUGGUGAUGGCCGCGCUGGUGGUGGUGGCGGUGGCGUACGCGAUAGUCGGACAUCUGGUCAAGGAUGUAGUGAAUGACUUUGUUGGUGGAGGCCGGUCGAUCGUUGCUGAAGGCGACGGCGGCGAAGCCAGUGAGCCAGAUUGGGUGUUUGACCCGCCUCGAUCCGCUAACCGCAAAGAGAUGGAGAUCAGCUGCAUCACCAGCAACAUGCAUGAGAUGAGCGACCUGUCCGAGGGGCCGCGGCUGCUGGAGAUGGGUUACGUAUCGCUGAACCACACCAGCUGCCUGAACCUCAGCCGGCCGGAGGAAACCGUCUUCACUGUGGACGAAACCCUCCAGCGCCAUCUUCCCGACUCUCAGUCCGGGACUUAAACUUGUCUUCCUGUUGUUGUCCUGAGAGAAACAAAGCAGCAUUCUCCCUGUUUGGGGUGGAAUCACCAGUUCGUUGUGAGUGGAAGCUUUAAUCCUUUGCGGCAUCGCCUGCAGGACAGCAGUUGAAGCUGCGUGACGUUGCACCAUGUCGAUGUCGCCGGAUGCUGGUGUUUGUUUUAAUGGGACUCCUUCAUGUCAGGAUCAGUGAAGAGAAGCAGCACCAGUUUCAUUUGGGUUACAGAUGGACUGUCCCGCCGGCCCCCAUGUUUCAUCCCUGUCAUCAUGACCUUUUCAGUACCAAGCCUUAAUGUAUUACACUCUGUAGUCACAUUCAUCACCUGAAAUAUGCACCUCAGUUGCUCGGUAAAUUAGUGUUAACUUUACAUCAGACUGGUCUUUCUGUGCACAACGUUGUUAUUACCGAGGCAAAAAAUAUCCACCUUGAAAAGCCUUUUUGUAACGUCAUGCUAUUAGCUUGAUGUAAAAAAGUGCUAAGUCACCUCUGAGAGCUUUGUUCCACCCAAAUGCAAAAAAGCAGAAAAGCUUAGGCGACUGUUUUACCCCACUUUUAAGGGCUGCAUGCUGCUGCUGACACAAAAACUAAAACCUGUGCAUGCUGUGAUCAUCCCCUCAAGUACAUAUGGCAGCUGUAAGGUAAAAUAUUAUAAAAAUACUGUUUCCACUGUUUCCUGUUAUGCAUAUUAACACCUAGUGAACAAAAAACCCUGAAAAAAUGUCAGUUUUUUACUUGAUGCUGUCAGUCACUGUAACCUUUUUCAGAUUUAUGAAUCAAUAAAGUUGUA